AUGUCCCUCCUUCCCCCAGAGGUGCACACCGCGCUUUCUCAGCUGCUCCGUGCUCUGAGUACUCCCGACAAUGCCGUCAGAUCCCAGGCCGAAGAUCAGCUUAACAAUGAUUGGGUUCAAAACCGGCCAGAUGUCCUCUUGAUGGGGUUGGCAGAACAGCUCGGAGGUGCAACAGACACAAUAACCCGAGCAUUCGCCGCUGUACUUUUCCGAAGAAUCGCCACAAAGACCCGCAAGGACCCUGCUUCAGGUGACGCCAAGGAGGUGUUCUCCAGCUUGCCCAACGAGCAACGAGUGGCCAUCCGCGAGAAGCUUGUGGCUUGUUUGAGCAGCGAGACCGUCAACGAUGUGCGCCGGAAGAUUGGUGACGCAUUGGCCGAGGUUGCUAGACAAUACACCGACAACGGUGAACAAUGGCCCGAACUCCUCGGCGUACUGUUCCAAGCAAGCCAGAGCCCCGACUCGGGUUUGCGGGAGACCGCAUACCGCGUUUUCACGACGACCCCGGGUAUCAUCGAAAGACAGCAUGAAGAGGCUGUUCUGGAAGUCUUCACAAAGGGAUUCAAAGACGAUAACAUCUCCGUCCGUAUCUCCGCCAUGGAGGCUUUCGCAUCUUUGUUCCGAUCGAUCUCCAAAAAGUCCCAGCCCAAGUUCUUCGGCCUCAUGCCCGAUCUUCUCAACAUUCUCCCACCCCUCAAGGAAGCCUCCGAGAGCGAGGAGCUCUCGUCAGCGCUUCUUGCAUUGAUUGAAUUGGCGGAAAUCAGCCCGAAGAUGUUCAAGGUCAUGUUCAACAACCUUGUGAAAUUCAGCAUCAGUGUUAUCGCCGACAAGGAGUUGACCGACCAAGUGCGCCAAAACGCCCUCGAGCUUAUGGCUACUUUUGCCGACUACGCUCCGAACAUGUGCAAGAAGGAGCCCGAAUUUGCUCAAGAAAUGGUCACUCAGUGCCUGAGCCUGAUGACCGAUGUUGGUGCUGAUGAUGACGACGCUGAAGAGUGGAACGCGUCCGAAGAUCUUGAACCCGAAGAGAGCGAUCUCAACCACAUUGCCGGUGAGCAAUGCAUGGAUCGUCUCGCCAACAAACUUGGCGGACAAGCUAUCCUUCAGCCUGCUUUCUCCUGGAUUCCCCGCAUGAUGUCGUCGACUAACUGGCGUGAUCGCCACGCCGCUCUGAUGGCCAUUUCCGCCAUCUCGGAGGGAUGUCGCGACCUCAUGGUCGGCGAACUGGAUCAAGUCCUGGCUCUUGUUGUUCCCGCUCUUCAAGAUACCCACCCUCGAGUUCGCUACGCAGGCUGCAACGCUCUCGGCCAGAUGAGCACCGACUUCGCCGGCACUAUGCAGGAAAAGUACCACGAGAUUGUGCUUACCAACAUUAUCCCUGUCCUCGCUUCUUCGGAGCCCCGCGUUCAGUCUCACGCCGCUGCUGCUUUGGUCAACUUCUGCGAGGAGGCCGAGCGCAGUACCCUGGAACCAUACCUUGGAAACCUCUUGAGCCACCUCCUCGAGCUCCUCCGCAGCCCCAAGCGUUAUCUUCAGGAGCAGGCUCUGUCUACCAUCGCCACCAUCGCCGACUCCGCCGAGGCAGCUUUCGAUCAGUACUACACUACACUGAUGCCUCUCCUGCUCAAUGUCCUCAAGGAGGAGCAAGGUAAGGAAUACCGCCUUCUGCGCGCCAAGGCUAUGGAGUGUGCUACCUUGAUCGCUCUCGCCGUCGGAAAGGAGAAGAUGGGACAAGAUGCCCUGAACCUUGUUCAAAUCCUUGGCACCAUCCAGCAAAACAUCGUCGAUGCCGAUGAUCCUCAGUCACAGUACCUCCUCCACUGUUGGGGCCGCAUGUGCCGUGUCUUGGGCCGCGAUUUCGUCCCGUACUUGCCUGGUGUAAUGCCUCCUCUUCUGACUGUGGCUGCCGCCAAGGCCGACAUCCAAUUGCUGGAUGACGAGGACCAGAUUGAACAGGUUGAGCAGGACGAGGGCUGGGAGCUUGUCCCUCUCAAGGGCAAGAUCAUCGGUAUCAAGACAAGUGCUCUUGAGGACAAGAACACCGCCAUUGAACUCAUCACCAUCUACGCCCAGAUCUUGGAGGAGAACUUCGAGCCUUAUGUCAUGGAGACCAUGGAGAAGAUUGCUGUCCCCGGUCUUGCAUUCUUCUUCCACGACCCCGUCCGCGUCUCUGCUGCUAAGCUGAUUCCCCAGCUUCUGAACUCUUACAAGAAGGCCCACGGCCAAACAUCACCAGGUUUCCUUGAGAUGUGGACCAAGGUUGCUGAGAAGAUCAUCGAAGUUUUGAGUGCUGAGCCCACCGUUGACACUUUGGCUGAGAUGUACCAGUGCUUCUACGAGUCAGUUGAGGUCGUUGGUAGAAACUCGCUCACCCCCCAGCACUUGCAGGCCUUCAUUGAGUCUGCCAAGUCAACCCUCGAGGACUACCAGAUGCGCGUGAAGCAGCGUUUGGAGGAGCAGGCUGAACUUGACGAUGGUGACGAGGAGAACCUGGACUUUGAGUACGCCAUUGAAGAUGACCAGAACUUGCUGAGCGAUAUGAACAAGGCCUUCCACACCAUUUUCAAGAACCAAGGAAACACCUUCCUGCCAACCUGGCAGCAACUGGUUCCAUUCUACGAUGCCUUCAUCACCAGCCAGGACCCCACGCAAAGGCAAUGGGCUCUCUGCAUUAUGGAUGACGUGCUUGAGUUCUGUGGUGAUGAAUCUUGGACCUACAAGGACCACAUCAUGCAACCUCUGGCAUCUGGUCUGCAGGACGAGAAUGCCGCUAACCGCCAGGCUGCCGCCUAUGGUGUCGGUGUGGCCGCACAAAAGGGUGGACUCCCAUGGAGUGACUUUGUGGCAGCUAGCCUUCCCAGUCUGUUCCAAAUUACACAGCACGCACAGUCUCGCACCGAGGAGAAUGUCUUUGCGACCGAGAACGCGUCCGCCAGUAUUGCCAAGAUCCUGCACUACAAUGCUUCCAAGGUCCAGGCCCCUCAGGAGGUUGUCGCCACCUGGGUCGAGACCUUGCCAAUUACAUACGACGAAGAGGCUGCUCCAUACGCCUACUCAUUCAUUGCACAGUUGAUUGAACAACAAAACCCUGCUAUCUUCGCCAAGGCUGACCGAGUUUUCGGCUUCAUCGUGCAGGCACUUGAGGCUGCUACCCUGCAAGGCCAGACUGCUGUGCGGGUGGCCGCAGCUGCCAAGCAGCUCGUAGCCGCGACCGGUGCAAACGCUGACCAGAUCUUGGCUUCUGUCGACCCGAACAACCAGGAGCGUGUACGCAAGUUCUUCCAAUAA